AUGAGCAAGUUUGGGCAACUUUUUGGCUCAGCGAAUCGACAACGUUGUGUGGGCCUUCUAAAAAAGGUGACCCCCCUGCGACCAAAACCCGAGAUUGGUCAUGAUUCGGCCGUACUGAUUCCCCUUAUGUACUACGAUGGUAAACCCACAAUCCUUUACACUAAACGCUCAAUGCGUUUACGGCUCCAUCCUGGGGAAGUAAGUUUUCCUGGCGGUAAAAUUGAUGCACAUAUGGAUGAAGAUGCUGUGACAACUGCUCUUAGGGAAUUGGAGGAGGAGGUUGGCAUUCCAAAGCGAUUUGUUGAUGUAUGGACAACAUUCUGCCCCUGUCCAACAGCAUCAACCUCUAGUUUCAUCAAUCCCGUGGUUGGUUUCUGUGGCUACUACAACUCGCAUACUGGCACCAUUUCGAACAGUCCUGACGAUGGUCAGUCCCACGAUGGUUCCGUGAAGCUGGCCGUCAACGAGGCAGAAGUGGAGAGUCUUGUCUUUCGGUCCAUCGAUUGGCUGUGCGACAAGCGCAACUUUCACUACGCCUUCUUCUGCGAGCACCGCGCCGUCCCAUUCACCGGCAUCUCCAGCCUACGCUCGCGUCCCUAUAAGCCACUUCUGGCUUACUUGCUAUUACAAGUCAAGUGUAGGCCCGGGAAAUCCGAUGCUCAAGCCCGGAUCUAUCCGCUUCUUGAGCUUAACGCCACCUAUUGA